GCACUCAUCUAUGUGUGCAGGUGCACAGCCACCCAACACGAUUGUGGUGACAAGAAAGGGAACGAAUGUAGCCUGAAAAUUUCUACUGAACUCACAUGAGAUUCUCUCUCAUUACUGAACAUGUGGGGUUAUUCCCACGUGCUUCAAACUGCAUCGGUCUGGUUUUUGACUGAUAUACUGAUAUGACUGGGCUGAUGUCAAAGGGAGGUGACGCGCGCAGUGAUAGAUCCACGGAACUGUAAACAACUUUAGGGUGUACAGAGUUUAAGAUGAACUGAAACAGAGACUUUGUGGCCUCUAACACCAAUGCAGUGUGGUUUUUCUUCACUGGCUCAGACAGACAGCUCAGUAUUCAAAUGAAGCGCAGAGGAGGAGCUGACUUGAGUGGCCCUGUGAAGAAGAGGCUUCCCUGUCAGUUGGGAGUGUGACAACGACGAGAAGUGCAGGUCGUAGUCUCGGAGCAUUACUGGCAAACCAUAACAACCAGACUGGUGAUAAUUUCACUGUGGGUUUUAGUGCUUUUACUCGGGAUUGGGCGGAAUACGAAGUUAGACUUCUAUGCGUAAAAGUGACAUUUUGUGCGCCAUGGAUUGGCUUGCUGCUGGAAAACCUGGUGAGCGCGCAUUAAUGGAAAGUGUCACAACUUCGGAAGCGAAAGAGGAACCUUUGCUCGGUGUGAAACAGUGAAAAGACUCAGUUGAAGAGGUCCCUGCAGAUAUGAACUCCACGGCAGCCACGGGAAGAUUCCAGCCCCCCACCAUCCCGGCGAUCAUGUUCAUUUUCGGGGUGGUGGGGAAUGUCAUUGCCAUCGUGGUUCUGCGGAUUUCACGAAAGGAACAAAAGGAGACAACUUUUUACACCCUGGUCUGUGGCCUGGCGGUGACAGACCUCCUGGGUACCCUGCUGGCCAGCCCGGUCACCAUCGCUACCUACAUGAAGGGCGCGUGGCCAGGCGGGGAGCCUUUGUGCCAAUACGCCGGCUUCAUCCUGCUCUUCUUCUUCUUGGUGCAGCUCAGCAUCGUAUUCGCGAUGUCGGUGGAGAGAUUCUUGGCAAUCAACCACGCGUAUUUCUAUAACGAGUACGUAAACCAGAAACUCGCUGCGCUCACUCUUGUGGGCAUUUACAUUUCCAACAUCGUGUUCUGCGCGAUGCCCAGCAUGGGGAUCGGCCAGGUGAGGCGGCAGAAGCCAGGGACGUGGUGCUUCAUAGACUGGCAUAAUAACGACACAACAGUGGAGACCUUUAACCUGAUGUACGCAGGUAUUAAUUCAGUUAUUGUUCUCGCUACUGUCAUAUGUAACGUGAUGGUGUGUGGAGCUCUGAUCCUGAUGCACAAACGCUUCAUCCGGCGCACAUCUCUGGGCACAGACCGAAGGCGCAUCGCGGAGCUCAGGCGCAGGCGGAGUUUUGGACGUUUAGCUGCUGCAGAGAUCCAGAUGGUGAUUCUGCUUAUUGCUACCUCCGCUGUGGUUCUCAUCUGCUCCAUACCUUUAGUGGUAAGUACUAAAAAAAUGAAUCCAGCCACGUUUUAAGGGGGAGUGUGCAUGCGUAAAGGUUGUUCGUAAGAGCUGAGUAGAUUUUCCCAAAUGAGCCACUAAAGAAGAUUAUAAAUCAGUCAAACAUAAAAACUCAGUGAGAGAUAAUGCAACGCUUGUUUGCUUACAAUAACAACAACGGAUCAAAACAGGCUUCCCCUCUGCUGGGGGUGGAUAAUCAUAAAAACAUGCCACAUGAACUUUGUGUUCUAGUUAUCGGUGUUUGUGGUUUGAUGGCGCAUUCCUCCGCAACGCACGAGAGAUUGUGAACUCCCUUAGCAGAAUUUGCAUACUUUCAGAGCUGACCUAGAAGGGAAGUUGGCUCUUAUAGUGGAUUUGUGCCAUCCAUCACGUUUUUUUUAUGUGCAAGCAGUCCGGGGGUUCGAGGAGUUGACUCACUUUUGCUCUCGUCACCGGACUCCAGGGUUCAGUUUGAGAUCUGAGGGACCGUGAGAUUUCUCCCAUGUGUCUUGCAGACUCUCAUGCAUGCAUAGGGCCAACUUGUGAGCAAAUUAAGGUCCUAUAGGGGACCAAUAUAAACAUUUUUAACGUUGUUUUUAUUUCAAAAUAUAUAAAUGUAGAUGUCAAAGUCCCCAGUCUGGAUAGAAAUGAUUCUUAAAUAUAAAUGAAGGUAUCUGUCUUUUAAAUGUGAAGCUGUUUAGUGCAAAAGCAGAUUCAGAGAAUUUGGGACUUUUGGUGGAACUAUAAUCUUUAUCCUCACAUAGAAAUGUAAGAUAAGGAGAAAUGCUGCUUAAGCGUGGAAAUUGUUUUCAGACAGACUUGGAAAAAAUGCAUUAAGUUCCUUUAAUCACUUCCAUUUAUGACAAAUGUCAAACAUAAUUGAGACUUUGACACUCUGGCUUUGUGAAAAGAGCGCUGUUGAUUAGCUAAUUUCGGGGGAAGCACAAUUGCCAAAGGCUUCAUAUCUGCACUGCUGUGGUUACACUCACAAGUUACACUCAGCCAAGCCCCUUUUUUUAAGACUGGAAAAUAAACAUUAUUGUACUCCUGUAAAAUGAAUACAGAUAUGUUUGGACAUGUUUGAAAUCACUGUGUUUGCAUUUGAAAGUGCCAUUUCACCCUCCAUAACAGAAUCUGUGCCUCUUUUUUGACUUCAUUGUGUCCAUUGUUUUCUUCCAGUUGAGGAUCUUUGUAAACCAGCUGUACAGGAACCAGAAAGAAGAGCCUUUAGGGUUGAACCAAGACCUGCUUGCAAUCCGCAUGGCCUCUGUCAACCCCAUCUUGGACCCUUGGAUCUACAUCCUGCUCAGAAAGACAGUGGUCCUCACGCUGAUGGAGAAAAUCAAGUAUCUGUUCUGUAAAAUGGGCGGACGGGGAGGGAGAAACGGCGGGCAGUUCCGCUGUGCCGAUGGACACCUCUCCUCCUCCAUCAUCUCCAGGGAUACUCCCUCUAUGAUGUCACAUGAAAUGCCGGAGAUAGUGACCACCUCACAGACUUUCUUGUACCCGUCAGAGGGGAAUACAGGCAGGUUAGAGUCACUUCAAGAACUGGCGCCAAAUGCGCGGACAUUACAGGGCUCACGAGAGGUCGAUGGAGCUCGGACGGGGCUUUUACAGACUGAAUCGGAGGACACAAAACCAGGAGAGACUCUAAAAGAGCUUCCAGUGUGCAACAAAGACCCAGCUAUGUAUGUGGCACUGACAGACAAGACUGCAAACACAGUAGAGAAGUGUAUAUAACAGUCUGCAUGAUCUCCAAAAACUGAUGAUUGCACUGCAAAGACAUGAGAAUAUUAGACAAACGUCUCAAGACUGAAUACUCAUCAAUCACUGUGUAGAUAUCUCUUUGCCUGCUGGGAAAAAAAUGUUUUAAAAUUGAUUUGAAUGUCUGUUUUGGAUGUAUUAAACCUCCAUCAUCAUUUUAACACAAAGACUAAAUCUGUAAAAUAUGAAACAAUCACACAUUUGCUGACUAAAUCAAACAGUAUGAUGUUGCUGAGGAGCCUUUUUUGUUGCACUUUCUGGAUUCUAAGACCACUGCUAUGUUGUCUGUUAUGUUCCUUUUGUGAAGCAUAUCGACAACCUGUGCAAUGACUGCAAAGAAUCCAUGUUAAAAUGUGAACCAUUAUGAUUAUUUAUUCUGUUAUUCUUCUCUGUGAGAAGGUUCCGGAUUGUUUAGAGCCAUUUUUAAUCAGUACCAAAUGAAUAUGUUUAUAGUGUUUUUUCUUUGGUUUCACAGAAACACAUCUUUGAAUAAUUAGGUCCAACUGGUGACUUCAAAGCUAGAAUCAUCCCAUUUCCUGCAUUUCACAAUAAAGGGCAGCUACACGUUGGCUUUUCCACAACACAGACACUGGAGGGUGGUAGGAGGCUCCAAAGGGAAUUGGGAUACAAUAAAUGUCUUCAUCUACUCUUUUCCCAGGCCAUUACUUUUACGGAUUAAUCCAAGAGUAUCUGCCUUAAUGUUGUGUGAAAAACCCUCUUAUAUCAGAGUUUAUUGAGCAGUUAAGAAGGAAAAUGCAAACCUUAUGAUAAAGUUGAAUGGUUUUGCAUUUUCUUUUAUGGAUUCCUCGGUGUCACACUUUGUUAAUGUUUUUGUUGCUGUAAAGAUAAAUAUGAAUAUUGUACUCCAGUUUUGUUUGGUUGACAGCCAGUGAUGAAACUUUCCAAAAUGUGUGCACCUUCAUGACUGUUGUUGUACCAAUCUCAUGAAUAAGUGAAAUUAAAAGUUAGUGAACAUUCCUAUAAA